AUGCCGCCAAUUUCGCAGGCCCCCAAAAGCGGCUUCCAGAGCUACGAAGAAGAAGAAGCUGAAUUCGCCCGUGACGAGCAAUACAUCCUACGAACGAAACGCGACAUCAUCCGCAAGGCCGAAGACGUGGCAAGAAUGCUGGAGGACACUGGACGAGUGAUGGGUGAGGACUCUGAUGCAUUCAAGAAGAUCUGGGAUCAAUUUCAGGAGUUGGCGCAGAUGUACCUGCGCGUCGAUCAGUCGCUGGAGAACAUGCAGAAAAUUCGAACGCAACUCCAGCAACUUCGGGACAGGUCCGGGUAA